UGUACUCUAUGGUGGUCACUGACAGACGACAGUUGGCCACAGAAAUACAAACACUUUUUAUUUCAUUUAAAUACAUAGUUUAGUAAUUAGUCAUCCUUUCAGAUACAGUGCUGUAUACAUAAACACUAAUUAAAACGAUUUAUCAUUAAUAAUACAUUAAAUAAAUAAGUCAUCAUGUCGUCCCGCAAGACAGCUGGUCGCCGCGGCACCAACAAGAAGCGCGCCCAACGCGCAACUUCCAAUGUAUUUGCUAUGUUUGAUCAAGCUCAGAUUGCUGAAUUCAAGGAAGCUUUCAAUAUGAUUGAUCAGAACAGAGAUGGAUUUGUAGACAAGGAUGAUCUUCAUGAUAUGCUUGCAUCCCUGGGGAAGAACCCAACCGAUGAGUAUUUGGAGGCGAUGAUGAAUGAAGCCCCGGGCCCAAUAAACUUCACGAUGUUCCUCACUCUGUUCGGUGAACGCCUGCAAGGAACUGACCCUGAAGAUGUUAUCAAAAACGCUUUUGGAUGUUUCGACGAAGAAAACUUGGGUGUGAUACAAGAGGACCGUCUCCGCGAGUUGCUGACGACGAUGGGAGAUCGCUUCACCGACGAUGAUGUGGAUGAGAUGUUGCGAGAGGCGCCUAUUCGCGAUGGAAUCUUUGACUACGUCGAAUUUACUCGCAUCUUGAAACACGGCGCCAAGGACAAGGAUGAACAAUAAGUUCAGUUAAAUUGGCAGAUUGAAUGGAGUAAAAACAUCGCAAGAUUCUAAAACUACAGUAUGGAAUAGACUGUCUGUCACCAUCUUUUUUCGCGAAUAAAGAAGAUUGAUGUCAUUAAUUGUCGGAAAAAAGUUCGUCUGCCAUUACUUAAAAUUAACAUGAUAUAUUAUGUAGUCUAUUAUUAUGUUAUAUUCGCCAAACUAACAUUUAUCUUAUGUAAGAAAAGCCUGUUUAAGGGUUAAGUUAAUUUUAUGAAUUUUAUAAUCUCGUAAUACGCCGAGGUGCUAACAAUAUGAUAUUAGUUCAUAAGAUGGUAAUUGCAUUUUUUCGUACCUAAAUUAGAUGCAUUUUAAAUUUUAUUUGCCAAAACAUGUGAAACAACUAUUUAAAACAGCUUCUGUGGAGAGACUAUAGUUUCUUUUUUUUUUACAUGAUUUUUUGUAUCAAGUAAAGCAUUUUAAAGACCCAUGUUCAGAACUCGGAAGACUGUAUUUGUAUGUUGUAUGAUGUUUUAGUAUUAUAAAUUAUCAUUCCUUGCAAAAGUAUUAUAAUUCGACUGGUUUGUUUCAAAAUGAAAUGCAUUCUGAAAUAAUAAUAUUAAGUUUCUUUUGAUUAUGAAUUGUUUAAAUAUUGAAACAGUGUUACUUAUUAGUUAUUACAAUUCUAUCUCAGCUUAUUGUUGUAUGUGUAACACAAUCACGUAGGUGUGUAUUUACUGUCUAAUAAACACGUUUAUAAUAA